CAUCUCCAUCUCCAUGCCUGCAAUGCUUGUGUUGACCAAACUAUCAUGCUCAUCCAUGGCGCGGCACUAUAUAUGUGGUGCCAUCCAUGGCCUCUCCAUCUCAAAUCCAUCAGCUGCAAACCUACAUCUCAAGCAUCAAAAUUCAAAGCCCUACUAGUAGUGCUACAGCAACUGCAUACAACACUUCACUUCCGUUGUAGUUUUCGCGCAUAGACAUUUCACAGUCUCCUCUCCUCUUCCCCUGACACGCAAUCAACAAUGGUGGUUCCGGUGAUCGACUUGUCCAAGCUUGACGGCGCCGAGAGGGCCGAGACGAUGGCGCAGAUAGCCAACGGCUGCGAGGAGUGGGGAUUCUUCCAGCUGGUGAACCAUGGCAUCCCGCUGGAGCUUCUUGAGCGCGUCAAGAAGGUGUGCUCCGACUGCUACCGCCUCCGGGAGGCCGGGUUCAAGGCGUCGGAGCCGGUGCGCACGCUGGACGCGCUCGUGGAGGCGGAGCAGCGCGGCGAGGCGGUGACGCCGGUGGACGACAUGGACUGGGAGGACAUCUUCUACAUCCACGACGGCAACCAGUGGCCGUCCGACCCGCCGGCGUUCAAGGAGACCAUGCGCGAGUACCGCGCCGAGCUCAGGAAGCUCGCGGAGCGCGUGAUGGAGGCCAUGGACGAGAACCUGGGCCUGGAGAAGGGCGCCAUCCAGCGCGCCUUCUCCGGCGACGGGCGGCACGAGCCCUUCUUCGGCACCAAGGUCAGCCACUACCCGCCGUGCCCGCGCCCGGACCUCAUCACGGGCCUGCGCGCGCACACGGACGCCGGCGGCGUCAUCCUGCUGUUCCAGGACGACCAGGUCGGCGGCCUGGAGGUGCUCAAGGACGGCGAGUGGACCGACGUGCAGCCGCUCGCGGGCGCCAUCGUCGUCAACACCGGCGACCAGAUCGAGGUGCUCAGCAACGGGCGCUACCGCAGCGCGUGGCACCGCGUGCUGCCCAUGCGCGACGGCAACCGCCGCUCCAUCGCCUCCUUCUACAACCCGGCGAACGAGGCCACCAUCUCGCCGGCUGUGGCCAGCGGCGAGGCGUACCCCAAGUACGUCUUCGGCGACUACAUGGACGUGUACGCCAAGCAGAAGUUCCAGGCCAAGGAGCCAAGGUUCGAGGCCGUCAAGGCGCCAAAGUCAUCUCCGGCGGCUUAAAAAAGUUUAAAAAAAACAUAGUGAGAUCAAAGAUAAUUAUUUAUUGGUUUAUUGGAUAUAAUAGGCUGAAGAAAUAAGUAUAAUGUGGGUUAGUAUU